AUGGUAGAUUCCACCAGUGUGUCCACUACUUCUCACACACCUAGGAGUGAGAGUUCCAUUAUACCUACUACUAUGACUGAUGACCCAAACCCUAGUCUUAAAAUCACCACCUCUCCGUUUAAUGGUCAGAACUAUCUAGCGUGGUCACAAAGUUUGACUAUUUUUUUGAAGAGCAGAGGGAAGAUGGGGUAUGUUGAUUGCAGGAUACAAGCACCCAGCAUCACUGACCCGGGUUAUGACCAAUGGGAGAUUACCAACUCUUUGAUUAUGGGUUGGCUGAUUCAUUCGAUAGUACCAGAAAUUAGUGAGGGCUACUUGUCUAUGGAGACUGCUCGGGAUAUUUAG